GUUUAGUACGCAUGCGUCAAUAAUAGAAGUUUGCGCAGUUUUAGUAGGAAGGUUUUUUCUAACAUUUAUAAAGAUCAGUGAGCAGGCAAAGAGAUUUACCAGUUCAUGCUCACUGAAAUAAUGAGUAGUGAAUCUGAUGAAGGGGAGAUUAAGACAGAUCGAAGUGACAGCUCUGGAAGUGAUGAAAAUGAUGGCACUCCUGAUCAAUGGAGUGUACCUUCUAUGUCUCAAUCAAUGCUGAACAGGUUUUCUAAGUUUCCAGAUCAUUCUACUAACUCUAAGCAGUUAAAUAAUUCAAAAGUAAACAAAGAAUUCGUAAGCUCGUUAAGUAGAGUAAACUCUAUUCCACCCCCUGUGCCCCCCAAAACUUUCAAACAGAAAAGAGAUUCUUUUGAAAAACCAAUGGAAAUGGAAGAGAAAGGUAACCUGGAUGAAGUGGAUCAGAACCAGCCAUUUGAAGAGGGAAACAGUAAUGAUAAAAAGAUGUCUGUAAAAGACAGGGCCAGAAUGUUAGACCAGCAACAGGAAUCAGACAGAUCCCAAUCAAUGGAACAUUCACCAGGUCCUAAUCCAUUUGAAGCACUCAAAAGACCAGCAGAAUGUUCUCCUGACAUAGAAGAUCCAUCUACAAAGCGGCUAGGUAUCGUUACAGAAACAAAUGUUGACACUGGUCAGGUUGAAACCAAAUCUGACAUAGAAGAACCAAUGCAAGAAGCUGAGAUUCAAAGUCAAAGCCAUAGUGAUUGCACAGAUCUAAGCACUAAUGAACCAUCAAACUUGCCAACAGAUUCAGAACCAGUUAGUACUGGUAUGUCUAACCUUGAACAGGAUGGAUCAUCACCAAGGCAACAUCAGGGACAUACUGGACCAGAUAGGUCAUCACCACGGCAACACCAAGGUCAUCCUGAACCAAAAAGGUCAUCUCCAUGGCCACAUCAACACCAUCCUGAUGCACAGUACCCUGGACCUAGAUCAGCUCAUGGAUGGCCUGGAACACCACCACCACAUGAACAGUUGAGAUAUGGCCACCCUCAUCAAAUUCCAGGUACACCACAAACAUCAGCACCGCUGAAAUACCCACAUCAUCCUCAAAAUCAAGAAACACCACCUCCAUCAGGACAGAUAAGGUAUGGCUAUCCUCAUCAAGGAACACCACCUUCAUCAGGACAAGUGAGGUAUGGCCAACCUAAUCAAUAUCCAGAUACACCACGAAUGGGAUAUGGACAUCCUCCUCAACAAGCUCCUCCAUAUGGAACAUCACCUCACCAGACAGGAUUCCAACAGCAAGGUUACCCUCCAAAUCAAAUGCAAUUCCUUCCACAAGAGGGUCAUGGUGGACCAGGAGGUACCCCUUAUUUUGAUCCAAAUUAUCCACAUGGACCCCCUCCUGGUCAUUUUAAAGGACAUGGUCAACACAGAAGUACCCCUAAUCAGCCUUCAGGACCUAACAAGAAACAACAACCCUCUCAUACAUCACCUAGGGGAAAUGAGCGUACACCAUCAAAAAGUAAAAUACCUUCAAGACAAACUCCAACAGGAAAGGAUGAAACUCCCAAACCAGGAACAAGACCUUCAACUGAUACUUCACCUAGUGAAUCAAAUACUAAAUCAGGAGGAGGUAAACAAAAACCAGACAAAGGAAAGGAUUCAAAGGGAAAUGAAGGACCUAAAGUUGAACCAAAAAGGCCAGGUUCAUCUAAAAAGACACCAGUGAAAAUGUACCUUUGUGUUUCUGGUAUUGACAAACAACAAACUAAUGAAACCUUCUUCAACUACAUGGAGGCAAAGUCUAAAGGGGAUGUUAUUCGUAAUGAAUCAUUGAGGACAGUAGAUGAACCAGAGCAUGCAGUUGUAGUGUUUGAGGACAAAAUAGAUAUUGAAAAACUUAAAGUCGAUUGUGGCAGAAGGUGCCUUGGUAAUUCCUCUUUAGAAUUUGAUGAAAUAGAUCCUCCAAGGAAAAUUAUUGCUAGUUCAGUGGAUAAACUGACAGUUAGUGACUUUAAAGAUUAUCUCACAAAGAAAAAGAAACAAGAAGUUGUUAGAGUACACACUACAGAGGAUGGAUCAAUUACAGCAAAGGUCAAAAAUACAUCAGGAGUGACAGAAAUUCUAAAAGACACCAACAUAAAGAUUAAUGGUUCUAAAGUAGUUAUAUCUGUUAUGCACUUCUGUGAUCAUGGAACAUACUGGGAACAAAGUCUACAUAGAGUUGCCAUUCCUGGUCCAUUCAAACCUUCAGUCUCAGACAGUCAUAUAAGAUCGUUUAUCAUUGACAUCACAUCUGUAUGUAACGAGCAGUUGGAGCAACACCAUGCCUGUCUGACCUUCAAAGAUGAGCUACAUAUUGAAUGUACAAUAGACCCUAAAGAUAAAAUGGCAAGACAGAAAGUAAAAGAUUGGAAAAACAAUGUACAAAAAGCCUGGGAGGAAUUUGUCAACAACAGCGUUAGAAAGAGAGAACUUCAGAUCACCAGUGACACGAAAGAUUCACUUCUGGAGCACAUCAACAAGACCAAAGAUCAACACAAAUCUGAAGAGUUAAAAGUUAUCUCCCCUGAUGAGACAGGCAGUAUGAAGUUUGUAUUUGUUGGCAGGUCUAAAAUUGUGGAGAAUUAUGUUGAACAGAUUUCUGCUAAGAAAUUAGAAAUAGAGGUAGAGUUGAAUAGAAAGAAGAAGAUUAGAACAGGUUUAAUGAAACUUAAACCAAUAGAAAUAGCCUUAAUGACCAAAGAAGACAAGUUUGAAGAAGUAAAUAAUAUCGCUCAAGAUUUCAGUUGUGAACCUAAUACAGAGACUGGAGCCAUAACAUUUACUGGUGUGGAAGAAGAUAUUUCAAAAGCAAAAGUAAUGAUAUUUGAAAUAAAAAACAAUUACCAUUCCUGGAGAAUAGAUAGUCUUUCAAAUCACAUUUGUCAGCUCCUGAAAAGGAAACCUGUUUCUGACAUGGUCUAUGAAAAUUUUAGCGAGGACAACAUUUCUAUAGUUUGGGAUAUUUCUGAUGACCAUGUGACUGUUUGUACGUCUCAGGAUAACCGUCCACACAUUGAAAAGGUCUUUACAGAUACUAUCUUAGAAGAUGAGAUUAAAUUAGACAAGGCAAGUCAAGAUGUGCUGAUGUUAGAUGAAUGGGCAGAGAAAAAAACAAGUAUCAAUAAUAUUCAUAGAGAUACUGCUAACGUAGAUGAUUCCUACAAUGAUCGAGUUAUUGUCACAGCUACCAGUGAUGUGUUUGAUGGAAUUAUGAAGGAGUUAGAUAUCUUUAUCACAGAUAACUCAAUGAAAGAGGAUGAAAUCACCAUCAGAGAAGAUGAGAAAUUUAAAUUCUUUAAAAACCAUUGUAAAGAUUGGGUAAAAGAAUUGGAGGUUAAAUACAGUGAUCAAAAACUUGAAAUUCAUUUUGGUACACAAUCUGUCAAAAUAAGUGGAACUCCUAAAGUAAUAGAUAUCGUUGAUGGUGAGAUACAGAACCAUUUGGGGCAAAUUAAGAAAGACAUUUGUGUGAUAUCAGAACCUGGGGUAGACUCCCUUGUCAGUGAUCAAACAAAGAGUGAUGCCUUAGUAAGUCCAGUUGAAGAAGACACAAAAACUGUUAUAACCGUAGAUCCAAAUUCUGUGAAUAAACAGGGCUUCCGAAGAAAUACUGGAAAUAAAAAAACAGAUGAGGAGUAUGCAUGGGAUCAGGCUUCUAAACAUUACAACAAAAGAGGGAAAGGUUAUAAACCACCAAAUGCCGGUCCUGUUGUAUGUAAGAAUGGAACAAAAGUUAUUCUUGUGAAAAAAGAGGACCUUGGAAAACAAAAGGCUGAUGUUAUCAUUUGCUCAACAAAUGGUCAGUUAGAUUUAUCUGGUCCCGCUGGAAAGAGUAUGGUGAAUGCAGCUGGGCCAGAAAUUCUGGCUGAAAUUAAACUGAAAUACAGUGAUGGGAUCGAACAUGGUGAAAUAGCUGCAGUGAGUGGAUACAAAAUGAACUGUAAAGAAGUAUAUCUAGCUGCCCUUCCUGGAUGGUCAUAUGGUGGAGAGAAGAUUAUUGAGAAAUGUGUAAAGACAUGCUUAAUCCAAGCAUCUAAAUACAAAUCAAUUGUGUUCCCAGCAUUGGGAACAGGUAACCUUAGGUAUCCAAGAGAUCUUAUAGCAGAGACCAUGUAUAAAUGUGUCAGUCAAUUUGAUCAGAGCAAUACAUCACUAAAGGAAGUAAAAUUCCUGUGUUAUGAUGAUGAUACUAUCAGGGCUUUUGAACAAGAGGAACUAAGACAGGUGAAUCCAGGCUUUCAACCACAACGUGCUGCAGCCAGUGGUCCAACGAGUGGUCCCAAGUAUUACAAAAAACACAAUACAUCUGUUAAAGUGGUGAAAGGAGAUCUUGGCACUCAAAAGGUUGAUGUUUUGAUUUGUGCCGUUCCCAAAGAUUUAAAUUUAGAAAGUGCUGGUGGGGCUGGUAAAUCAUUGAUGCUAGGUCUCGGUAACGCUGUACAAAAUGAUAUACUUGGUCAGCAUCCAGGCGGGGUCACCAAUGGGGGAUUUGCUGCAGUGAAAUUAUCAUCACCUCCAGGGCAAUGUAAAAGUAUUUACUUAACAUCCCUAGAUUCCUGGAAUGACCAGAAGACAGUUCCAAAGGAUGAAGAUAAACAAAUCUGUAAGUUUGUGUACCAAUGCCUGGAGACUGCUGAGAAAAGUGGUUACAAAUCUAUCGGUAUACCAGCCAUGGGAACUGGGACGAUCGGAUAUCCACAUCAGCUAGUGGCUAAGUACAUGUAUGACAUGGUGGAAAAGUUUGUAACUAAACACAAAAGUAGCAAGCUGACAGAUGUAAAGUUAAUUGUUCAUAGCAAAGAUGUCAAGUCUAUUACGGCAUUUUAUGAUGAAGAAAAGAAAAGGUUACCUGCUCCAGCUUUUGUACCACUAGCCCAGGCUCAUGGUCACCAAAAGUUUGCCUCUGGUGAUAGUUCUGGUAGCACCCAAGUAGUUCCCAAAGUACUCAGUGAUACUGAGUUCCAGGUUGGGAGUGUAAAGUUAACAGUAGAGAAAGGUGAUAUUUUAUCAAAGAAAUGUGGUGCCAUAGUAAAUGGAACUAAUCAUGAGUUUGACCUGACUAAAGGUGCUGUUUCUCAAGCUUUAAGAAAGAAAUGUGAUGCUAAAAAGCUGGAUCUUGAGGUCUCUAAGAAAAAGGAUGAAAUGAAGCAGUUUGGCUAUGCAAGAACAAGUGGUUGUGGUUUACCUUGUGAUCAUAUAAUACAUAUCUCCUCUCAACAUAAGCCACAUGAAUGGAAAAAUAUCAUUAAAAAAGCUCUGGCAAAAGCUGAUAAGAAACAGAUUAAAACAAUGGCAUUCCCUGCUUUAGGAACAGGAGAAAGUGAUACACAAGGUGCAGCUAGUACAAGUGAAGAAUCUAUGGGACAAACCAUAAUGGAGGCACUUGUAGAAUUUGUAUCAGAGGGCCAGAAAAGUCUUCAGCAUGUCUAUCUAGUGAUAUUCCAGGAUAAGAUGGUUAAACCAAUGUUGAAAGGAGUUCGUUCUGGUGGUCAGUCUGCAUCUACAGCAAAACCAGGACAGGUUAUUAAGGCAGACAACAAGAAAAGCACUGUAACAUUUGCAAUCUAUGGUAUCUCUCAGCGAGAUAUAAAUAAUGCGAAGGAGGGAUUAAAAAGUGCAGUUAAAGAAAAAUUUAAAACAGAAAAAAUACCUGAUAGAUUGAUUUCAGAAAUUAAUAAACAUGAAAUAGACUAUCUGAAAGACAUAGAAAGUAAUCUUCCUGUUCAGAUGACAAUCGACCAGGUGAAUGGUAACGUCACACUUUAUGGAAUUCUAGAUGAUGUGAUGAAUGCCAAACAGGAGGUUUUUGAUGCUCUAAGAAAGUUUGCUCACACCAGACAUUGUAAAGCUGAGGCAGCAAUUAUUAAGGAACAAGUUCAAUGGUACUUUAAGGAUCUUAGUGACAAAGGACUGCCAGUACUUACUGAAUACCCUGAUGAGAUAAACAUGUAUCUGGAGACUGGUUACAAAGGGGAGUCUGGACGGAAAGAGGUUGAAUUCAAGGAUGAUCAGGGAGAGGAAUAUGUUAUUGUGCUGAAAGAUAUGAUGGAAUAUGUUAAAAAUGAUAGGAAAAAUAAAGUGGAAGUUUUGAGAAGAGAAAAAAUACAAGGGGAUGGAGGAACUUUUGAGCCACCAGUUCAUUGGGAUGAUCAGGGAUCAGAAAAUGUGAAGCUAGUUACAUUACUGCCAACAUCCCCAGAAUAUACUAAAUUAGAACAACAGUUUAUUCAGUCUGUAUUUAGUGGGAGAUCAGAAUGGGCAAACCAGUUCAAUAAACAGUCACUUAAAGUUACAAAGAUUGAGAGAAUUCAGAAUUUAAGUUUGUACCACAUGUAUGCAGCUAAGAAGGCUUUGAUAGAAAAACAAAAUCCACAAGGACAUAAAAAUGAGCAAGAAUUAUGGCAUGGUACACCAGAUAAAGCUAUACUUAGUAUUAAUAUGUAUGGAUUUAACAGGAGUUAUUGCUCAGACAAUAGCAAGGAUGCAUAUUGGGGUGAUGGAGUAUAUUUCUCAGCAGAUGCCUCAUAUUCAGCUAGAAACUGGCUGGCUACAGGUACUGGCACUGGUGACCAUAAUAUUUACCUGUGCAACGUGUUGACAGGUGUGCCUAUUAAGGGACAAAAAGGAAUGCGUGUACUACCUACAAGACAAGAUGGAACAAUGUUAAACUAUGACUCUGCAACAGAUGCGAAAUAUAACCCAGUUGUAGAAUAUGUCAUAUUUAAUGACACACAAGCCUAUCCACAGUACUGCAUUAAAUUUAAAUAUUAGUUAAUAUUAUAUUGUUGACAUAAUUACAGACAUAAUGCUAAUAACAAUCAAUGUACAUGUAUGUGUAAUUUUUUUUCCGUAUUUGCCUACAUUAUUUAUCAAUUGUUGAUUUAAGAAUGAUUAUAAUUUGUAAGUACAAUAUUAAUAAUUUUACAUUGAUAUAUCUUUCAAAGUAUUCCUUUUUAAUACCCCUGCUUUCUGGUGGUUGUGAAGAGGAGUUCUUUCAGCUGUUAGUUCAUCUCAGUUCAUUAUUCCUCAAUACCAAUUUGGUAUCUGCACUUGUCUUGACAGAAUUUUGUAAUAUGUUCUCCAAUUCUGUUUUCCUUUCUUCAUCCCAAUGAUUGUUGGGUUUCCUUUAUCAUAAGACAACAUGACUUAUGCUUUGAUAUAUCUGCACACUUCAGUACACAUUUGUUUUCACUUGUUUCCUCCUUUAUACUAGAUUAGAGUUUGAUGAAUCAUGAUCAGAAUCUUCAUUAAAUAGUGUUAUUGUGCACAUAAUUUGUUUUGAUACAAUUUUUUUGUGGCUGCCUUAAUAGUAAGUGAUUUUUUUUUUAUCUGGAAGACACCUAUUUUAUAUACAAAUGUAUAUCCACAGUUUCCCCAUAACAACUUUAAAGAAUUUAACGAAAUUUUCUCAGAAUCUUACCAAUAUAUUAUGUCUUUCUGCUCCUUUUAUUUUAUUUUUUGGAACAUGGUCCUUGUCUUUAUAGUUUUUGAGGAGAUCACACACAUAAUUGAAAUUUACUUUUUAGAAAAUUAAUUCAAUACAUUCAGGAUGUCAAUCUUCAAAAAUCAUCGAAGUUUUUAAAUUAGUAAUAUAAAAGUGAUCAAAACAAACAGUUCAAAAACCUAAAAAACAUAAAAUAAUGUUUGACCCUAACCAAAGAUACUUUGUCUUUCUAUUAUUUUUAUUUGUAUUCUUAAAGUCAACCUUACAGUGUAUAUACAUAUAAUUCAUAGUCCGCCCCUAUCUUACAAUCUAUAGAUUAACAGCCUUGAUGACACAAAUGAUGAAGGUGAACUCUAUGAUUUUAUUAAAGAUUUAUAAUCAUAUAAAUCUUUGUGUUGUUUGAGUAUUUGCUUAGUAGAAAAAGUAUUUCUGAUUUUCAUAAAAAAAAAAAAUCCUUUAAAAUAUAGUUAUAAAAUUGAUAAUUUAAAUGAUUUUAUAUAUCUGUGAUAACUUCUGUAAAUAUAUGUAUGUAAUUGUUUGAUAGAGAGAGGGAGCAUAUUAUUUCAUUUUAUAUUAACUUGCAAAAACUGGUUAAAAGGUAUUUUUGUACCACACAAACUUCUGCCUUCAAGUGUUGUAUAAGCCAUUGUUAUUAAUUUCUGACGGAACUAUUUCUGUGCUGAAACCAAUGUUUUAUGUAACCAUUCCUAAAAAAAAUCCUUAAAAAAUUAACUCAUAUAUGUACUUAUUUUGGAGAUUGAUAAAAAGUUAAUAAAAAGGUCCAAUAAAGCCAAAAAUGAAUUGGAUUGGCACCCCUACAAUAUAUAGUAGGAGGGAUGAUAUUUUGGGGUUUGUGUCUUUGUCCCUUUCUGAUUAAAUUUUGUAAAAACAAGGGUUAUUUAAGGUGUUUAAUUUAUGUUCACCACUUUGACUCAUCUUCUUAUAUUUUUAGUUUGAUAAAACUAAGCACUCUUACUUCACAAAUCCUUAAUUCAAAUAAUCAAUCAUACAUGUGCAACUGUUGCAUGAAUACAGAUUCACAUGAGUUAAAUGAUUGUUUUGCAAGCCAUUAAUACAUCAGCAAUGUUGUUUAGCUUAUUUUUACCAAAUUGAACCAAACUGACUUUUAAUAGCAAAAUAUUAUUUUAAUAGUACAGUUUUAUAAAUGUUUGAAAUUGAAAAGUAGUGGGUUUUUUUCCAUUUUUGUCUAAUUUGUAGUUUAAGUUGUUGAAACUAUAAUUCUCAUCUACUGGAAACUUUUUAAACAUGUUCAUCUUGUUGAUUAUAUGUUGUCUCACCAAAUUUUAACCAAAGUUGCAAAGUUGCAAAGGUGAGGUAGCAGAGGUCUUAUUCCCCUAAUUACAUGUUCCCCAGAGAAUGUUUGCCUUGGUUUUUUUCACCCUAUUUAUGCAGGAAUGGAUAUAUCUAUAUUAAGAUAUUUAGGUUUAAUAAAUCUAUCCUAAAAUUAAUUUAAAAUCUCAUAGUUCCUGAAAAAAAAAAGAUGGAAAAAGUUCUGAACAAGGACCAUUUUAAUCUGGAAUGAUUUUGAUUUCUGGAAAAUUGAUUAGAAAUGUAUGAUAAAAACCUAACCUAAUUGGGGAGGGUGAGCCAUACAUGCAUGGAUAUGGGGGUUUGUAAGUUCAUUUUGAAAUACUAAUAAAGUCACAUUAAAGUUAAUAGCCAGUCAUGCAUGGCUAACCUGUUUGGUUGGGUUUCAGAAUUCAAAAUUAUUCAAGAUUGAAAUAAUUCUUUCUUUAAAAUGAAUGGCUUGUUAUGGAAAAUUAGAUGCCAUCAUUGUUACAUUUGUUUUAAUUAUAAUUCCUGUUGAUUGAAAUAAAGAAUUCUGAUUAGUUAUAUGUAUGAUGUCUUUUAUCUCACUGAUUGUUGCAUUAAUAGUUUUUUAUUGUUUGAUAAUGAAAAUGAUUUUUGUAUUAAAAAACUACCGCCAGUAAUCAGCUUGUAAUCAGUAAAAAAAUGAAUGUACUUAUAUCAUGAAUGUUUUAGUGCUGUUUUGUUUUUAUUCAAGCUGGAUCUUGUUUAUCUUUAUCAUUAUUUUGAAAUUGUUAAAAUGUAUCAAUUAAGAAGGAUAAAUACACAUAACUUCAAUGGU